UCAGUCUCUGAAGAACAUUCCUCGGAUUGUUCCCACUCAGUUUCUGGCAAUUCAUUGUCACAACUGUCUUCCUCGUUCCUAUCAUGUCCAAUGUCUUUAUCGUUUAAUGAAGGCAAACCUUUGAAAACUGGAACAGGAAUGGAAUCUAUGUAUAUAAUCUCAAAACGCAUAGAUUUGGGUUACGUAAGUUCAUAUAUUUAGACUAUUUCAUCUAUCUCAAAUUGCAUGAAAACUAGAGCUUAUGGAGAAAAACUAAUUUCAGAUUUGAAAUCAGCACCUAAAAAUCAUUCAGAAUCAGUUAAAAAAUCCAAUGCAACAGAAAGUUGAAAAAAUAUUGUUCCCCAGUGUUAUUAACCAAGCCAGGAAUUGAAGUGCAGGUAUUUUAACUUUUUCUGGCAAAGCUCCAACUUUAUUCUAGUAAUAAUUUUUACUUUAUUCUUAGUGUAUAAUGUGGCUGUAAUACUCCUUCGAUGGACUAGACCAUUUGCGGCCAGUAGUUAAUUUUUUUUUUUAAUUGUCUCACUACGUCAUUACGUAAAAUGACAAAAAAAACAGCAAAAUUGUGAGAAAUAGAGCAAAAAAGCACAAUGUAAAGACAAAAUUGUGGUAUGUUGAUACUACUAAUUAAUAAGCGAAUGCUUUGUCUUUAAAUAUUUACCCGUAUAAUGUGUUUUCACAUUUGUCUUGAUGUGAGGCCUGGUUACCAGCAUGAUGACAAAGGGUUUGUAACCUUUCUCCUAAUGUUUUCUCAGUAGAGCUCUCAUCUGGAUGGAACAACCCAGACCGAACCAACAAAGAGAGCUGCACAUAGGACAAGUGAAAAAUGGUGUAAAUACAGAGAACAUCAGGGCAUGCCUUUGAUGACUUCUAGACGUUGUGCACAAAACUUGACGAAUCUAAAAUUGUGAGCUUACCAGAGCUGGCUGUUGGAAUGUCAGUCAAGUGUGUCCUGGUCGGGGACAGCGCGGUGGGAAAGACGUCCCUUCUGGUCAGAUUCGCCUCAGGAACCUUCCCAGAUGCCUACAGGCCUACGGUGUUCGACAACACAGGGGUGGAGGUCUACCUGGAUGACGUUGUAAUCCACCUUGGUCUGUGGGACACAGCGGGACAUGACAACUUCAGACAGAUCCGACCCAGAUCCUACCAGCAGGCCGACGUUGUGCUGGUGUGUUUCUCUGUGGCCAAUCCCAACUCUCUGGCCAGCGUGCACAACAAGUGGAUGGCUGAAGUGCGGGAGAACUUACCCGACGUGCCGGUGCUGGUAGUGGCCACCCAGACGGACUUGCGGGAAUCGGGAGCACAUCGGAGCGGCUGCAUCUCUGCGGCGGAGGGGAGACGCGUUGCUCAUGACUUGCGUGCUAAAGGCUACCUGGAGUGUUCGUCUUUAAACCAGCGAGGGGUGCAGCAGGUUUUCGAGUGCGCCGUACGGACGGCUGUGAGCCACAGCAGGAAGCAGGCCAGGCGGCGAAUGUUUCGCAUCAACCAGUGCAAGGUCUUUUGACCCUUGACUUGGCAUAUUUAACCCCACUUAAGUCACUUGUUAGCCUCUUGUGGGUUUUUCUUAAAUGUUUAAUUUAUGGUGCUAAUUCUAAUCCUUUAAGGGAAAAUGACAUGUCCAGCGUGUUGUGUAUGCAACAGAACCAGACCACAUAGGACACCACAUGUGACAGCACCCCUGAGCUGAGGCCCAAAGGUGGUCAGUGCCUUGCUCAAGAGCUCCUCAACUACACACCCGAAGCAGGCUAGCAUCUCUCAAACAGCUAUUGCAAUUUUUUGCACUGCUCCCCAGAUCCCAGCCCAGUGGGAUACCACCAUGUAUCUUGUUGCCCAACACUGACAACUAUAUCAUUUUUUGGCUAUAUUUUAUUUUUGAUAGUAUCCAUUUUCUUCAACAUUUACCAAACAGGGUUCAAUCUGCUAUCAAAAUGAUCCUAAUUGCUGUAUUGCUGUCCUGCUUUCAAAGUCAAAUGAUUUACAAACCUGAAAUAUAUGCAUUCACCGGCCAUACCAUUAGGUACACCUGCUUGGUAAUGCUCAGUGUUGGGAUGUUAAUUCGACAAUGUUUGUGUUAUUGAUGAAUUAAGCUCACUGCUGUUGGGGCGAUGAGGUGGACUGUCUUAAAAGAAUAAAUUGAUA